GGGGUUAAAUACCUGAAGUGGGCGAAACUUAGGUUCACUCCCGACCUUCGAAACUAGCAAGAAGCCGAAGACUGAAACAAACAAGUCCGGAAUGGCCACAGAUUUCACACAGGACUCUGUUUUACAUUUUAUCCAGAGCAGAGGCGGCUCGGUGAGGAAUUCGGAUCUGCUUCUGCACUUUCGGGGAUUCCUACGGGAUCAUGCGGAGCAGGUUCAGAACCGCGAACUCUUCAAGAAGUUCGUUAACUCUGUGGCCACCGUCAAACAGGAGCACGGAGCCUCGCACGUCGUUCUCAGGAAAAAGUUCAGAACUUCUGCACCAGGCGGGGGUGGAACCACUACUUCCGGGACUGUCGCCGGGAGGACGGCUGAGCCCUCCCCGGAGAAGGCUGCCUUGAACCCGGCUCGGGGCAGAGGGAGGGCUCGGCAGAAAGAGGAGCCAACACCCACUGUGCUAAGUGGAGAAGUUGGCAUGAAAAAUGUCUUACCUGCGGCAGGUAUCAUACUUAAUAACAACAAUAACGUCCAAGCUAAUUUGAACUUGACACCAACAGCAGCCGAAACACAAACCUGGGCCCAAAGUGGACCGGCACCCAGACACCAGUACCUUCAUGUGGGUCCACAGAAGGUGGGGUUCGUAUCUGCCUCGGUCCAACAUAUCAAACAAACUGAACCCAGUCUUCAUCAGGGUCCGGGUCUUUCUGAGCCACGCCGGGCCAGACACAGGCAGAGCUACAAAACCGCAGUCUCCUAUGAUGAAGAUGAAGAUGAAGGGAUCCAGAUGAAGCCAGGAGGCCAUCUUGGCCCCAUCUCGGCCUCCACAAUAGAUCAGCAUGUUGCCACACCAUCCUCACCAGAGAGGAGUGUUCCCAAGAUUUACAUCCAGAAUGUGGAGCAAGGAAAGGGGCUCCCGUCCCACCCAGGAUGGAGUUUGGAGUCGAGGAAGGAGCUGAGACCACCAAGGCAGGGUUUGAACCUUGCAUGUCUCCAUGAGGAGGUGAUGCCCACCCGACGUAGUCUACCCGCUGAGUGCUCCUUGCCAGAAGUGGAGGAGGAAGGACUGUCCUCACAGCCUGGUGGUGCUCCGUUGGAUCACAGACAAGGGUGCAGUCAGCGUGAGCGUGCGUGGAUGUCUACCAGCCACAACAGCAUCUUCUCGCCUUCAUCUCAUGCUGGCCUCUCAUGCGGUGACUGGUCGCUCUCUGGCCCUGGAGGAGCAGGAUGGAACUGCAGCACCGAGAAACUACAGGUGACAACAGGUGACCUGGUGGGCGCCAUCGAAAGUGGAGAAGUCCUCCAGCGAGCUCAUGAAACAACAGAGCUUGGCUCUGCAGCGCAUCACGCUGACACCAAGGUCAAAACAUCCUGGCAUCGCUCUACAGGUGAUCUUUAUGAUGACCACGAGUCGAGUGACGGCUCCGCUUCUUCACCAGCGCCCCAUCAACGGCCGACACUCGCCAGACGUGUCAGCAGGAGGCUGCGAGGCAGGAUGUGCCGCAGCGUGGGCGCCGACCUGGACCAGCUGCUCCACGAGGAGGCGGCUCCAGGCAGAGCGGGAGGGAACGAAGCGGCGCGACUGAACCGCCUCCACCGGAUCUCGUCCUCGCUGAGCCUCCGCUACAACCUGUCGUCCUCGUCGCUGUCGUCCUGCUCGACACCGUCCCGCUGCAACAGCCUCGCCGACUUGGCGGAGGGCGCGGAAGCGAAAGGAAACAGUCCUCCGACAACAGGCAGCACUCAUCAUGAAAGCCCCAGCAGACAGUCAUUGGUUCCUCUGGAGCCCAGGGAGCAUGCCUGGCUGGUAAAAGGGGCAGCGGGAGCCUGGCCAGACAUCUACUCCCUGUUCCGAGAGGACCCCACCCUUCUCAACAGACGAGACUUCAUCUCCGGCUUCACUGUGCUGCACUGGAUUGCCAAACACGGCGACCACCGAGUCCUCAACACCCUCUGGUACGGAGUUCAGAAGGCGGGUUCCACCUUUGACAUUAACGCCCGGUCAUCAUGCGGCCAAACACCCCUUCACAUCGCUGCCAUGCACAGCAACAAGAACAUGAUCCGCCUGCUGGUCAACAAGUUCCAUGCCGACGUGAAGCUGAGGGACACCGCCGGAAAGAAGCCCUGGCAGUACCUGAGCCAAAGCGCACCCGUGGACGUGGCGCACAUGCUGGGCGCGCCCGUGCGCUCCGCCAGGCGAGGAGAAGGCGGCGCCACCGGCGCAGACCACAGCAGUGAGCAGAAGCCUCACCACCACCGCCGCCAUCGCCGCCAUCACCUGUCCUCUGCCUCUUCAGGGGAAAGACCCAGGACCGUCUCAGGCGCCAAGGUUAAAAGAUCAUCAUCCAUCGCAGCGUUCCUAAAACACAAAUCGCUGAGUCGCUUCCACGGAUACAAGUCUGAUGGCUGAUGGCUCAUGGCAGGAGUGAAAUACAUGCGGAAUCCCUCGGUCACGGUGCAACCAAAAAUAAUACCAAAUAACACCAAUAAACACGCCACAUUUUAGUCUCAUUUAUAACCCGCAAGACAUGCUGGGAAGCCCACAUGCACGCUUAUCCAACAGGAAGUUACCCAGCAUGUCUUGUGGGUUACACAUUACUAUAAAACAUGAAUAUUAGUGUGGAAGCGUCGAUUUCCAUACCAUGUAGUGCAGUGUAGCCACAUUGUGUGUUACUUGUUGUGUUAUUUUUGGUGGCACCGUGAAGAAGGCGGUUUGAUGUCAAAAAAGACAUUUGGUCGGGGCUCUCAAUUCCUGGCGACUAGCGGGGUACGACUGUACAACCAAACAUCGAAGCAGAUUGUGCCGGACAUUCAUGCCAAUGUCCACACGUUUGAUGUAGGAAGUACUCUCAACGGGUUAAAAGCACCAAAGGUUUCACACGUUCUGCAAGUGCGUAGAUGUACGGUAGAUCAGGGGCAUCCAAACUUUUACUGAAAAACCAAAGGAUUCAAGAGGAGCCAUUUUCAUAUUUCAAAUGUUGUAAAAAGGCUAAACAAUCCAUAAUAUGUAUUUAAGGACAAAUGUUUUUAUCAUGGGGUGGCAUGGCUUCGGUGGUAGAGUGGUCGUCUCCCAACCUGGAGGUUGCGGGUUCGAUCCUCCUGUCAUCGUGUAGAAGCGUCCUUGGGCAAGAUACUGAACCCCCAGUUGCCCCUGAUGCUGUGUGAUCAGUAGGUCAAUGUGCUAGCAAAGCGCUUUGACUGCCUUGGAGGUGGCAAAGCGCUAUACAAGUGAAAGACCAUUUACUUCCUGUUAUGCUUUAGGUGACAAAGUAGAAUAUUAUUCUUAUCUUUUUGGACUAUGUGCCAAAAACCAAGUUGUGGGCCGCAAAUGGCCACACUUUAGACAGCCCUGCAGUCGCUGGUGAGGUUUUGUAUCGGUUUUACCGGACAGUAUUUGUAUUUGUUGUUUGUACAUUCACUUCAUAUUAAAUCAC